GGGGGGUCUCCGCUUACAGGACAGCAGUGGGAGAAUCAGCCCAGGGUACCUGCAUGGGGCUGAGACCCCCACGCACAGCUCCCACCUUUGCCAAGUGCUCUGGCAGUGGUGGGGAUGGGAGCUGUGGCUGUGGGGUCGCUACCGGGGACUGCAGCAGUGCUGCCUCAGCCCCACGUACACACUAUGUAUGUUCACAUAAAGGACCUUUCAGCAGUCUCCCUGCUACGUCUGCAUCAUUCAGGGGGGUGCAGCCCCAUCCUGCCCCCCUGAGCACUGACUGAGCUCAGAGCAUAGAUGAGGGCUCAGUGAUGCCCAGCUCCACAGCGCUACCCAUCUUACCGUGGGCCACCCCUGUCCCCCUCGACCCUAUUGCCACUAGAGGUCCUCCACAGCCUGGUGACAUUGCACAGCAUCCCCAUCCACGGCAGACAGGAGCGACAUUGUGCCCUGGUGGAUCCCCAGCAGACCCUGCAGCAUCCACCCCUCAGACACCCUGCAGGCCUGCUCCCUCCCCUCCCCCAUUCAUAAGGCAUUUGCUAAUUAACACUGAUUAAAACAUGUGAUGCAGCUGGCACUUCCUCCAAGGUGCUCGUCAGACUGUGCUUAAUAACUGAGAAGUGGGAAAUGCAUUAAAGGUGGGAUCACCUGCACAGCACUGUGGUUAUGGCCAUCCCGGUGCUGCUGUGAACCUCUGUAUUCCCCCCCAACCCCGCUCACUCCCUGCACCCCAAAUCCCAGGGCUGCCAUCUCCUUGCUUUCCCCAUGCAGCAUUUGAGGAGGGCUGGGGGUGAAGUGCUGGGAUGUGAUCCCCAGCCCCUUUUCAUGAGCGACUGGAGGAGAAAAUGACCUUUUAAGGGUCAGCGCCGUGAUGGGCCACGUAGAAACGUGGACUGAGGGAUAUGGGAGUAAGCAGGACAAAGGCAAUGGAAACCUUCCCCUGGCCAUUCCUCCUCUCUAUAAAUAACUGCGGGCUCAGCUGUGGCUCCAUGCUGAAACCAGAGCUGGCAGGGAGGCAGCUGCCAGGGAAAGUGAUCGGGAGAGCAGGGACAGGGCUGCCCUCCUAUCCCCAACAGGGAUACAGAGAUACGGGGGCGUCCCCUGGGGGGGACAAUGGGCGCCUCAAUACGUCUGGGUUGGGGGUUUGUGCAGGGAUGGACGGACGCUUUGGGAGCGUGGUUCUUCCUGUCCUUGCACACACACAUGCACACAUACCCAUGAGCAAAUGUGCACCAUGUGAGCGCGUGGGACUUGGCUGGCUGUGCAUACUGUGUGCAGCCACCACACAUCCCAGCUGUGCAGCCCUAUGUGGGACACCAGAACCAAGCGUUGGGGCUGAGCCCCAUGUCUGCCUCCCUGGGGAGUCACCAGCUCCCUGUGUGCUGUCACUGCAGGAUCCCUUGGGCGUGUGCUUCCUCCCUGACUCAUUGCCAGGUGCUGUCCUGCAUCCUCCCCACCACAUCCUGCACCAACCUUGGGUGGGGGCUCCCAGACCUGCCAGGCUCCUUUCUGGGAGCCCAAUGGGUCCUGCACAACAGGGCUGGGGUGCGAGCAGCAGCAGGUCUGUGCCCCAGGGUGGGAGCGUUGGGUGCAGGUGUUGGUGGCCUGGGUGCCACCUUCCCAGCAGCCCAGGUGGGCACAGUUUGCAGCAGCAUCAUGGGGUGCUUCGCUUUUCCCCUUGCAAUGACCAGAGGGGCUGCGGGAGCCCACACCCACCUGGGGAUAAUGCAGCACACAGCGCUUUCAUCUUCAAAGCGCUCCCUGCAUCAUCUUUCAUCCUCACACCUCCCCAGCGCCUGGGAGGUCUCUGCUAUCGCCUCUCCAUCUCGCAGCUCCGGGGAUGCAGCCAAGCUCUGGGGUGCUUUGCUGGAGCAGGCGCGGAGCAGAGCCCGGCAGCACGCUUGGCACGGUGCUGGGGAGGUGCAGAGGGGAAUCCCGCAGCUGGGCUCUGCUGGGACCUGCCAGGAGCAAACCCUCCUCCUGCUGUAUCUGCCGGGCCCCGCGCUGGCACAGCAUGGCACCAUAUGGCACAGCACGGCACAGCACCCAGGCUCUGCAACACCCAUCGGGAUGCAAUGCCCGUCGUGUUGUUGAGUUUGGCAGGGAAGAGGCUCUUGGGGGCCUGCCCCAGCUCAUCCCUCACCACAUCUGAACAGAGCAACACACACAGCAUCCAAAGCACUGAAAUUUAA